UUCAGUAGGAAGCGGCGUCCCCUUAUCUUUCUGGCCCAUGUUGGGACAUUAUCAGAAUUGCUCAGCUGUGUGAGAGUUGUUCCUCUCACUGCCUAUCUGCAACAUUUGCUUCUCAUUUCAGAGGGAAACUAAUUGGGAACAUGCAGAAGAUGAAGUUCCUGUGGCUCAUCUUUGGGUUUCUGCCUCUUGUUUCCCCCACUUGCCCUCCUCCUUGCCGGUGUGCUGCCAACAUCAUUGACUGCAGGUCGACAGAUCUCACGGAAGAGACCAUGCCCACCUCCUUCAGUUCCUCAACCGUCAAGCUCUACCUCACUGAUAACUAUCUCACUUCCAUCCCCAAAGGGCUCUUUGACAAUCUGAAGGACCUCCAGAUGGUCUAUCUGUGGGGGAAUCCCUGGAUGUGUGACUGUGACAUCCUCUAUUUGCGCACUUGGCUGCAGUGGCAGCAGAACCGGACUCUCUACAGGAACGUGAUGUGCUCUUCCCCAUCCCACCUCCAAGGCAGGAUCAUCAGUUACUUAUCAGAAGAUGAAAUCAUUGCCACCUGCCAGUCCUGGUACUGCAGUGUGGCGCUCAUCACCCAGAUCUGCCUUUUCAUCUUCAUCCUCGUGCAAGCCGUUUUGCUUUUCUCCAUCAUCUGUUACCUGAGGAGAUUCCAAAGGCUGGCCAAAGUAUCCCGGACAACGGAUGCAGAGUUGUACCAGGAUGUCAGUCCAUGGGCAAUUCCCCAUAACGAUUGAUCGGUAGGGUGCUUAAGGCAUACAGUGGUCUGUGGGACAGAUGCUUUACAGACAAACCUCUCAGCAUGAAAGAAAGUAAUUGUCCCCACAGCUAUGCCCCUGCUUCAUGGAGGAUUAUGCAGUUCCGCGCAGGAUUUGGCUGACUUAUUUUUUAAAAUGUUGACAAAUUCUACCUGCGGAGAUGGUACGGUUGCAGAAUGACAAUGUUCAGCUCACAGGAUAAUUGGCACUUGGUCCCUCUAGCUGCCUCUCAAUGGAUCAGCUAGCCUUAUUCACACUGGCUAAUGAAUGACUGGUCUUGCCUGUACAAGGGACACCAUAAACUGUCCCCCAUUUCUCUCAGAUUCAGAAACUAGCCCUGUUUCUGGGCUCAGUUAUGAGCAUCCUCAAGAUGUUGAUCUUAGAGUGGAAAUACACAUUGCAAAUUACCUGGGGAUGCUCUAGUGCAGGAUUUUAUGUGUGGUCCUCAAUUCACAUGCAGGCUGCUCUUGUUUGGGGCACAUGAAUGCUGCUUUCACAGGGGCUUCAUUUGAGUGACUGCAUCUGCAAAGUGAGUCUGGAGAGCAGAGCGCCAAUUCAGCUCUGUUUUUGCUGUGAGAACAAGCUCCUUUGACUUGCCAAUUUGCAUUUCUUUAUGGUGUAAGAAAGUGUUGAGAUCUGCAUUUUAAUGAAUGGAUGUGGAAACUGGGGGAAACUGGGAUACUUUUAGCAGCUGAGGAGGAACUGAUAUCAAAUGUGUGAAUGCAUUCAUGUGGAGCAAAUUGAAGUGUGAUUGUGCGAAUGAGCACAUGAAAAGUUGGAGGGGGGACAUGUAAAAUGAGGUUCACUUGAACUUUUCUAGGUACUUAGUAAUGUGUAUGUCCACCCUGAGGGACUCAUGCUAGCUGGAUCACUGGUUGUCUCUUAAGUCCCAGGGCUAGUGAGGAGGUGGGGGUCUCGGAAGACAAAAUGAUACAGGUCCAUAGAGCGGGGCAAGUCAUAUGAUUUAUUGUCAUGUGAUGACUGAGUUUGUAUCUGGGUGGGGUGAGGGGUACAAAAAGGAAUCUUUUUCUGGGUUCCCAUGGUGGGUCUCAGCAGUCCUACUAAUUAUUCCCCUCUGGCUUCUUUUUGUCGCCAUGAGAAAGCGUUUUUCAGCUGAGGUGGAGCAGCAGAGGUGGAUGAAGGAUCUUCCUAGAGUAGCACUUCUGGUUUCGUGGCAACCAUUUCCAGUCCUGGGGAGCUCUUGACUGCCCCCUUGGAGAUAGCCAGCAGACAAAACAUUGCUGGCUUAAUGGUUGAGUCUAUGCUUGUACGUACUUAUUUUAUAUUUUGUCAAGUGCCAUGAAUAAGUUUUGUAUGGAACGGUGGCAUAAAAAUGACCUUAAAAAUAAUAAUGAAAGAGUCUGAGUGUAUGUAAAAUCUCUUUCCAUCCCAAUCCAGCCAUAGAUUUGGAUUAGAAGGAGAUGUCUUUAGGCAUUUAGCCUUCACAGGGAGGGUGUAUAAAUCUUAACCCUCCCUGUGAAGGCUGUCCACCAUCCUGUUUUAAAUGUGUUGUUUUUAAUGUACAUGAAUUUUUUAAUUGUAUUUUUAAUAUG